AUGGUGCUAUGUGAGUGUCGUGAAGAGAUUGAACCCUCUAAAAUCCCACCUGAGAUAAUGCCUAUAAGUGAAGGAAGUGGUUGGAAAACUGUCUAUUACACAGAGCCUCAGCUUGAUAACUUUGAAGAGAAGCUACUUACCUUUUUGCAGAGCGAAGGGAGAACCUUAGAUGACAUACAAGGUCUAUGUUCCCCCACUAAAGAGGGUAACAGCAACCCUGAAGACAUCAUCCGUGCGGUCGGUGAUGUUAUGAGCAGAACAAACAAACAACAUGACAGUCACCCAUACAGACGUCUGCGGACAUUCUCCGGGGUCAGUCCCACCCCAACUGGAGAAGAGACCUUAGAUUACUGGCUGGAACAAGCAACAUUCUUAGUAGAGGAAGGUGAGUGCUCCGACAAAGAAAAACGGCGUCGGAUACUGGAGAGUCUCAAAGGACCCGCCUUUGAAAUCAUUCAAGCUGUGCGCCUGACUCAACCUGAUGCUAGCCCACGUGAGUACAUAAAGGCUAUAGAGAGCAUUUUUGGUACCGUAGAGUCCCCAGAAGAACUAUACUUGUCGUUUAGAGCCCUUCACCAACAGCCUGGUGAGCGUCUGUCUGAGUUCCUACGAAGAGUAGAAAAAUCUCUUGUCAAAGUAGUACAGGGAGGUGGUUUACCUGUUAGGGCUGCCAAUAGCGCUCGUUUAGAGUAG